UAGAUUUAGUCUUCUUGGUAUUAGAGUGAUAAGUUGAGAGGAAGCUUUGUAUGCGCAAUUUGAAACGUUCGAGAGCAAAGGUCCGCGAAAAGUGCGAGAUCGGUUCAGUGACGGUUAGGUCGAAACUGUUGGAACGAAUAAUCAGUGGCUCGCGGCAAAGUGUGUUCCUUAGAUUUGUAAUAACAUAAAAUAUGCAGCGAAAAUUUUAUACGUCUUGCAUAAAAGUUAACGGGAUACCUCUCCUGCCACCAUUAAUGACCGACGGUAUCAAGGAAGAGAUGAAACGCUACAGGUCUUUGGCUGUCAAAGUGGAGGAAAAGUUGAAGACCGAACGGUCCGUGAAGUGCACCAUUAAGAAUAAAUGUGUGCAAGCCAACAUAGCGGAGCCGACGAAUCGAUCAAAGAACGUAACCAAAUAUAGUUCAGAUAGCGAUUUCUCCAAUUACAACACUACGAGUGACACCAAUAACAGUGAUUCACUUUCCAAAGUUACUAUCGUCGAGCAUGCACCGGCGAUGCAAGUCACAAGCGGCGAAGCCAGAGACAAGCUAGAUGUGCAGUCUGACAGAGGAGAUAUCCAAUCUCCCGUGUCAGAUACACAGGAUUCGCAGUCCCAGGUUUCCUCGACGAACGACAUUUUCCAAGACUCGGAACCCACAAAGACUGAUCGGACGGGAAGCACCGACACAACAGUGGGAGCGUCGACGCCCAACGAAGAAGCAACGUCGCCUGAAAGUUGGAAACCCGAAGUACCCAAGACACUGGAUAUAGUUCCGAUAACGUUAAGCGAUCUCAAGUGCGAGAGGGACAGCGUCGAGCCUCUCGCAGUGCCGAGCAAGGAAAGUGAGCACCCACCUAAAUUGUCGCGCCAAGGCUCUUAUGUUCUGGACACACCCAGCCCUAUGUUACUCGCCCAUAUGCACACAGAAUUGAACUACGUUCCUACACCCACCACCGUUGAUCUGCCGCAGCGGAAGCAGUGGAAUAUCGCGCAGUCCAAGGUGGAGUGGGAGAGCGGGCAGUUUCCAGCGGAGGACACUGAAACGCCUAAGGAGCUGGGAGCGACUUCGCAGCGUGCAGAGCCGCCGGCCGCGGAUUCAUAUCAAACGAACAAAUCUGCCGACGGUACCGAGGAAUCGGUUGAGGAACGCAGACCCGAUAUCACAUCGAAUGAACAUAAUCAUACGCCUAGUAUCGAUGCGAAGGAGACAAGCGCGCCGGAGAGAUCAAAGGGGAACGACAACAUCUGCGUGUUGGACCUAGUGAACAAAUUGCAAGAGGCGGCAGCGAUCGGGAACAGUCCCGAGACGCGAUCGGCGGACACGGACAGAACGAGGGAGCACCCGGUGGUCAGGUCGAAAUCAAGCAUCACGUCCGAAAAGCUGCUGACGGUUUACCGGGAGAUCGAGGAGCUGCACAGGAAGCAGAUGAUGGAGCUGAUAGACCGUCAACGGAAGGAGCAGUCGCUGCUGCAGGCGGAGUUUCAGAAGCAACAGAUGCUCCUGCUCGCGGAAAUACACAAGUGCACCGUCUAUCAAGCACCGAGCGUUAUGUCGAGGAGCGCUUGCGAAUUGAGACGAUCGGACGUGAGCUCCCCCAGGAGAAGCGUGCACGCGGACCUUCAGCAGCAACGUGCCAACGGCGAACCGUCGUCGGAUGCCCGCGUCGUCGUGUGCCCUCUCAGCUACGUCUCACCGAAGAACCCGUACAUGCCUAAGCACCAUCGCAAGUCUCCGCUUUACAUCACCGACGCGUCUUCCGCGGCCCUCAACCUGGACCUCGCGAGGCGAAUGAACCUACGCGACGCCGUACACAACGACACCAUCAAUAGUAGUAAUAAUAAUUAUAAUAAUAAUAACAAUAAUAUUAAUAACGAGGACGACAACAAUCGUGGCGCGUACAAGAACCCGACUGUGAACCGGCAGUUGUUCCCCCUGGACAGUAACACCACGCACGUACCGGUGCUGGACACCUCGGUGUAUCACGAGAAACACGUGCGAGCGAUGAAUAUUAUCAAUGCGUACGCGAGGGGCUACCUGACGCGUAGAUUAAUGCGGACCGAGCGCGUAAUCACGUUGAAAAAGAUAUACAAAGAGGCGUUGCAUUGUAUGCUCAAGUUGCACGUGGACGCGCCUCUGAACCUGGCGGAAGUGAACUUCCUUCAUCGUCUGCAGUUGCAGUGCGACGCAGCGUCCCUGAAUUUGGUGGAGCUGUUCGCCCAGCCUCCCGCGAAAAGGAUGAAAGUGAUAGAGCAGGAUCGCGAGAUCAAGCAGUCUCGGACGGAACGGCCGACCUCGGCACGCUCGUACUCAUUCGCCACUCAAAAGACUCUGGCCAGGAAGAACCUCAAGGAAUUCGAAUCCACGAUGACCAAGUACCAGCGGCCGUUGGUCGUCACGAGAAACACCAUCCGGUCCAGGUGUCAGACUUGGACGUCGGACAUAAGAGAAAGGCUCGUGUCGCCGAACACUUUGAAUCAAAGCAUCAGGAGGAGCACCAGCACCGGGACCGUUCGGAAGCCGUGGCGAUGAUGACCCACAAGUGAGGGAGAAGAAGAGAGGAAGAUAGAGAGAGUGCCUUAACGACAUUGAUCAAAUGACACACCAAUUUUACCGCUAGAACGCGGGGAGGGGGGGGGGUUCCACGCGCCUCGUAGCUCUCGAGCCGUGAUAAUCGUAUUACCCGGAGCGCUUUUAGCCUGUUUGUCUGCCUUAAAAAGCGAGCGGUGCGCCGGUGCAUGAUCUUCCGACGAAUAUAUUUACAAUAUAUUUUUAUUAUUACCGUCGAUCGAGUUUCUAUUUCUUGACUGAUGUAAUACUCAUCUGUGAUACGUGUGUGUGUGCGUGCGUACGUCUCCAAAUGCGUCGCGCUUCCCACUUCAUAUUUAUUGAGGCUGAAAUAUCGAGGAUUUUUUUUAUCGUAUCUUAUGUGAGGAUGAAGCGCGUGUAUACACGCGCGGAUUGUAUACGGCCGGGGAUACGUUGAUAUUUGACCGUUGCAACGUUGAUUGUAAACCUGUAAUAAAGAUCGCUUUUCCUUUUUUUUUA